AUCGCUGCUACGGAGAAGCUAACACCAUGUUUGGGAACUCUGGGGGAGACGUUGGGUACGGGACCCAGCAGCAGGGAUAUCAAACGCGGAGCCGAGAAAGAGGUCGUGACGGGCCGCCGGAGGGGCAAGUGGUCGAAGGUGACCUUUUCGGGAACCCAAAACGCCAAAGCUUCCGCUCGACGGACCCACCCACCGGAGCACCCCCUCGAGGGGCGUUCCACGACGCCACUGCCGGCGGCGGCGGCGGCGGUGGCGGGAACGCCUUCAGGAACGGCGGCGCCGGGGCCGGGGGAUGCGGUCAGACCCCCGCGGCGGCACAGCCGUCGCCCUUUGCGCGCGGGCCGAUGAACGAUUCCUUUUCCGCAGCCGGCGGCGGGAGUGCUCCGGGCCCUGGCUACGGCGCCGGGGGGUACAGCAAUCCCGGUCAGACCGCGCAGCAGCAGCAGCAGCAGCACGGCUUCGGAGCUAGGGUGGGGUUCAGCAGCGAGGUGGCUCUCGUGCCCGUCGAAGCCAGCGGCAACAGCCGCGGGCGGAAUGUGAUGGACGACGACGACGACGACGAUAUUCCCACUCGCUCCUUGGCAGACGACCCCGACGAUGUCCGCGACGGCGGCGUUUUGUUCGGAGGGGGGGAGGGGCUCAGGAGUAGGCGCGGGGGCGGGGGCGGGGGCGGGGGCGGCGGCGUCGACCGGAUGGGUGGCGGCGGCGGGAUUGGCAGUUUCAACGCGGCGCCUGACACACAGAGGGCGACCUGGGUCGUGGUGUGGGGCGUACCACCCGGCAAGUCGAACCAAGUCCUCAUCCGCUUCCUGCAGUUCGGCGACGUUGUGGAGCAACGGGGGCAGCCGGGCAGCAACUGGCUCUACUUCAAGUACGCCACGAGACUGCAGGCAGAGAAGGCGCUCGCCGCGGGGCACGGGUCGCGCUUGACGGACACCGUCAUGCUUGGCGUGCAAAGAGUACCCGACGACGAGGUACACGCGGGUGGUAACCUAACCUAA